AGUAAAAAGGAUCAAUAACUGUCAAAAAUCGCACCAAAAUCCAAAAAAAAAGAAACACAAUUCGGUUUGUCGUUCGAAAAUGGUGCAGCGCAGUUUUUAAAAAAUCAUUUCAAACUCGUUUCCUCUGCUCCUGAUGCGGUACUUUCGUGUGUUGUGCAAAUUAGGUGAAAGAUGGUUAUAAGCUGCCAUAAUCGGAUGUGAUUGUAUUCAGACUGUUUUAAAAUAGAUGGUAAAUAUUCGUAAAUGUCUGCUUUGGGCUGGACUUCACAAAUCUACGUAACUAAUGUGCUUUUCGAACGAAAUCUGAUACCAUCCGACUCUGCACGGAUGACCAUGAAGAGAAUCAAAAGAAUGCAUAAUAAAUAAUGUCCACAAAAGUGAACAAAGCCUGAUAACAAACAACACACACUGUGAGGAGAACUGCUGCGGGCUGCGAUCUGCUGCGUUAUCUUCGAUUCGUGAUUUUUGUAGAAGAGGAAAGUGCUCGAAGCGGCUAGUGACCGUGUGAUUGUUUGUGGCGAUGAGUGGUGAAAAUCGUUGCAUUCCGAGCUAUCUCCAGGGGACACAACAGGACACCGCCGUUCAAGAGAUGCGUCAGUUCCAGCACAAGUGUCGCAUCUGUAGCAUCACGGACGGCCUCCGGAGGUGCAGUCGCUGUCAGGUGGCUUAUUACUGCUCCCAGGAGCACCAGCGGGUGGACUGGCAAGUGCACAAACGCGAGUGUCGUUCGAUCCACCAGGUGCUCCAGCAGGCGGCAGACCAGAAUCGUGACCCGGUGGGCGUAACGAUGCUACCUCCGCAGGGAACGGCGGCUCAGCAGCAACAGUAUGCCAUAUCCGAAAACCAGGAAAUUUAUCGGGACGACGUGCUGAUGGGUGGCAGCGACACCACUACCACCAGAAUGAUGGCCAGCCCAACGAGAGGGGCCGGAGGGACGACGUCGCCGACGGUAUCGGAUACAAUGACUGUGGAACAGCCGACAGUCGAACGGAUCUUUGCGAGCACUGCAGCAACUGGCGUACGUGCAGAAAUUUUGUCAACAAAUGGAUUGGACUACACCAAUACUACCAUCGAAGGAGCGGGCACGCCAUCGUUCACGCACCACCACCACCAGCAGCAGCGCUCGCAGCCGCAGUCACCGUCCCACUCGUCCCACCAGACAUCGCCGUCAUCUGCGUCGUCGUCGUCGUCGCCCGUCACCGUUGCAGCCCCCACCUCGCCAACCGCAGCGUCGAACGUCGAUCUGGUAGACGUCGAGGACGAACUGCUGCUGAGCGAGAACGCAGUCUCAAAACUGUUUCCAAACGAUUCGCUUGCUAGCGUUGAGGAGCUCGUCGAUUUGUACCAAAUAGACGUCGAUCACAUCCUGAACGAGAACAACUUUCUGAACAAUAUUAACAAUUUGAACUUUUUGGACGAAACACUUGCGCAGAGUGCUGAUAGUGCCGGUGUGGGCAAUCUGAUCGAAAGUGGAGGAAGCAGUGCCAGUGAGAAUAGUAUCAAUAACAGUGGAUACAGUGUUGGAACGGGUGGAACCGCAAGUCCGCAGGAUUCGUUGUUGGUAGUGGAUGAGGGAUUAGUGGCAGGAGUUUUACCAAACGGAGUGGGCGAAAUGCAGUUAACACAGUCAGCAGUGGCCACCACGCUGCACCAGCAGCAACAACAGCUGAUGGGCGGCAGUGUUGGUGGAAGCGGGAACGGAUCGCCGGUUCCGGUCAGCACGGACGAAAGUGUCAGUGCCUUGUUGAACGCAAAGAUAGACAACUUGUUGAGCUUUCAUCACCAUCAGCAGCAGCAACAGCAACAUCAACUUCCGCAGAUUUCGACUAGCACGGAAGACGCCCAGCUGGCGGACCUGGAACAGGAAAGCCUAGAGGAGGCGUGUCACAGUUUGAUUCGGGACAUGAAUGAGUACGGGGUUUGCGUGCUGGAUAACUUUCUGGGCCAGGACCGGGGGUUGAAGGUGCUGCGAGAGGUUACCAACAUGUACUCGUCCGGUGUGUUUAAGGAUGGACAACUGGUUUCCAACCGUGGCGGAAAGAACAUGCGACACAUCCGAGGCGAUAAGAUCGUGUGGAUCGGUGGCGGCGAACAGGGAUGCAACAACAUCGGGUACCUGAUCAAUCGAGUGGAUGCCAUCAUCACCAACUGUAAACGAAUGAUCAACAAUGGAAAGCUAGGGCGGUACAACAUCAGAGAACGGACAAAGGCCAUGGUUGCAUGUUAUCCGGGGCAUGGAUCGCAUUAUGUUAAGCACGUAGACAAUCCUAAUAAAGACGGUCGCUGUAUAACCGCUAUCUACUAUCUCAAUUUAGACUGGGACGUGCGAACGAGUGGCGGUCUCCUGCGAAUCUUCCCCGAAGGUUGCAACGACCGCGUAGCCGACAUCGAGCCCACCUUCGAUCGGAUUCUGUUCUUCUGGUCUGACCGGAGGAAUCCGCACGAGGUGCAGCCGUCCCAUCGUACCCGCUACGCCAUCACCCUGUGGUAUCUGGACGCCGAGGAGCGGGAAUCGGCCCGGUUGCGAUACCAACGGGAUUGCGAAAAGGCCCGGUUCAAUGCGUGAGCUUUCUCGGGAUAUGCGACGGCGGUAAGUCACAUCAUUGUUUGGCUUAGCGCUCUAGGUCGGAUUGUUGACUUUUUUGUCAUUGUAAAAAAUGUAGAAAUAGGUAGAUUAGAGUUCUAUAGGGUUUAAGAAAGUAUCAUUUACAUUAAAAAAAAAUCUACCAGAGAACCGAACGUGAACGAAGGUAUGAGACAAAGUCGAAUAAUUUAUUUAGCUAAACUUAUUAUACACAAUUGAAUACUGAUAACCGAGAAUGUGAUAUUGUCCUAACGAUUAAGAGAGAAAUGCUUAGUAAUUGUUAUUAACCGCAUUAGCUAUAUUUUUCAACUAGAUUUUGCGUUAACUCUACAUUUGCCCUGCAGACAAAACUCGAUAUUCAUACUAAAGAGCAGAAGCAGCUUUCAAAGUUAGUCAAAUGUUAGCUUUUAGAUAGUGACUACACGAAGUGUUGCAAACAGUCGCACAUAGCGCCAUCUGACGAUAAUGCUACCAAAUUCGCUGGUCAAAUCUUGUCCAGUGGGAUCUGGAGGUGAAAUUAGGAAAAGAAGGCCAAUUACACAGAUGAAAUUCGAUAAAAUCUUACAGUCAUAGGUAGUUAGGUACAGUUUGAACUCCUUUUUUCUAUGAUCAUAGAUCCAAGAAUUAGAGAUACUUUUGCAGAGAUAUUUUCGUAAAGAGAUGAAGGAAUGGAGACUAAAAUCAAGUCCUAGAACAUAUUAUGGAAAGCAGAUUGGAACGGGUAUUUAGCUGAAAAUGUAUGCCAGUAGCAGCAAAGACGUUUCAAAAGUUUGAAUAAAAAUGUUUAGUCCUAGAA